CUGAGCGCCCGCGGCCCCGCAGAGCCGCGGCCGGCGAGGCCCGGAGCGCCCGGCCGAGGAUGGGGAUCCUCUUCACCAGGAUAUGGAGGCUCUUCAACCACCAGGAGCACAAGGUGAUCAUUGUGGGCCUGGACAAUGCAGGGAAAACGACCAUUCUGUACCAAUUCUCCAUGAACGAGGUGGUUCACACCUCUCCCACCAUCGGCAGCAACGUGGAGGAGAUCGUGGUGAACAACACGCGCUUCCUGAUGUGGGACAUCGGGGGGCAGGAGUCCCUGCGCUCCUCCUGGAACACCUACUACACCAACACCGAGUUUGUGAUAGUUGUGGUGGACAGCACAGACAGAGAGAGAAUUUCUGUGACUAAAGAAGAGCUGUACAAAAUGUUAGCACACGAGGACUUGAAGAAAGCAGGGCUGCUGAUCUUUGCUAACAAGCAGGAUGUGAAGGAGUGCAUGACAGUAGCUGAGAUCUCCCAGUUCCUGAAGCUGACUUCAAUUAAGGAUCACCAGUGGCACAUUCAGGCCUGCUGUGCUCUCACUGGAGAGGGGCUGUGCCAAGGACUGGAGUGGAUGAUGUCCCGCCUGAAGAUCAGAUGAUUUUUAAUGACCUCUUUGCACAGACAUUGCUGCAGCAGAGCUGUUCCAGUGGCAGAUUGGUGGGGUGGAUGUAUUUAUACUGAACUGAUGGCAACUGUAUUUUUUACAUAGCUGCACACACACACACACACACACACAGACACAGACAGACACACGGACAGGAGCUGGGAGCAGGCACAGAGCACAGGAGCUCUCGGGGCUCCGGGUUGGGUCGGGCUCCUCGAGGACGCGCUCAGAGCUGUGACCAACCUUCUUUCCAAGCUGCCCCUCGGAACAGCCAGCCUCGGGCCUGGGGAGGAUGGAGAGAGGGGAAGGAGCUUUCAAUGCAGAGUUUUCUGGUCCCAUUGUGGCCCUCUCCAGUGGGAGGUGCUGGUUCAUUGUCCCAGAAAUCAGCGAGCGAAUCACUGGCGCAGGGAUCGACUCCCCGGCGUUUCUGAGGUGGCCGACGUCACAAAGGCAGAACUCUUUCCCUGUAUGUGUACUGUACAUAUUUGUGUAUAUUUAUACCUCAGUCCUAGGUUAAUUGCAAUCUGCUCAGCCCAGUGUAAAUCAGUAUGUUGGCAGUAGUGCUGAUCUGUGGCACGGCCACGUCCCCGUGUCGCCCGUCCCUCCGUGUCCGUACGGCUGUAACGUCAAUCACACCUGAUCAACAAACCCUCUCUUCUGCCCAUUGCUUGUUUUUCCACAUGAUUCUUGGGUUAGGGAGGGGGCUGGAAUGGAUUGAGGCACACAGAUUGAGCUUUGAAUUCCAGGGUUGGCAAACAGAACAAAUUUGCCAAAGAGCUGCAGAUGAAAUGGGUUUUCCUUUUUCAUUGUGGUCAUCAUUGGAUUGGGUGAUGCUGCAGGUCCUGUCCACUGCUUUCCUUCUCUGCUGUGCUGGUUGAUUCAGGUCUGGCAGAAAUACCUUUGGCUGUCAAAAAGGGAAAAGUAUCUUUUCUUUUUCUUAACCAAAGAAGAGGCACAAAAGUAUGUUUGAAAGUGUCACUGGAAUUGUACAAGUCAGACUCUAAUGAAGUGUUUUUCGGAGGAAAAACUCUCUGUGCUACAUAAAAUGUGCAGAUACUAAAAUGUGCAGAUGUAUCAAAAUGCAGUGGAGGGGACUGGAUGGGGACAAAGCAGAUGACACUACUUGAAAAGCUCCAGGUGACCCACACGAGUUCCAGGGCAGAACUCUUGAGAGCAGAGCCCCCUUGCAUGGUCCCCAGGCAGUGUGAGAACACUGGGAUCACCUUUCCCUGCUGCAGCUCCUGCUGGGAUGGCUGUCCCAGGCAGAAGGGGGUCACAAUUCCCACUCUGGAGGACCCAGGCAGUUGGGAGGCAAUGGCAUGGUUGGAAAUGUCAGGCUCUUCUGUGGGAGAUGCGUUGGGAGUUCAGCAAAAUGAAACAAAACUGUGCUUAAAGUGUUCUUCCCUUUCUCAGCCCCGUGCCUGGUAAGGAUGGAAAAGGCAUUUUAAAGACAUUUUAAAGCUUAGUUUGAACUUUUUAAGGUGCUUCUCUUUGGUUCUGGGAUAAUCUGGUCAGCUCCUGCCUUCCUGCCCACCUGCCUCCCUGGGAGCAUGGGAAUCCUGGGGAAAGGAGGGGAGGCGAUCUCCAAGUCUGUAUUUAACAAAGGCAGGUAAAGAAUUUAACUUUUUAAUCUAUUUUUGGUAUCUCCAACGCUCCCUGGCUGGGGGAUCUGCUGUCUUUGUUAAACAUUAAGGUGUACAUGCAUAUAUCUCUAGUGCAUGCACAUAGAUCUUGGUAUUUAACUGGUGUAUUGCAAAAUGUAUCAAUGUUUGAAGAAUUAACAAUUUAAUGCAAAGACUCUCUCAGUUUCUCUGACAGUAUCUACAAGCAACGAGCUCUGUGCACACUUGCAUAUGAAACGGAAUUGUACAUUUUCUAGUCUGAAAAAAGAAAAAGCAGACUUGCUUCUAAACCCAAGUGUUUGGUUUUUGAGUCUUAUGUCUUCCCUGGGCUGAAUCCACGCAGGCUGGGUGAGCUGGGGGCUGGCUGGUGAGAGAAGGAGCUGCUGCUGUUGGUGGUGGAGCAGUGCUGGCGUUUCUGCUGCUUGCCCGUGCGUUUGCAGGAGCUCUGUCAGACUGCGCAGGUGUGGGUUGUGUUACAAGCAGAUACUCUGUGUUUACACAGCCCUUAGGUUGGUUUUACUCUGUCCCUCCCCGUGCCACUUCCCUUGCUGUGGCCUCUGAGGUUCACCUUGUCUUGGUUUCCCCAGUGGCCACAGCAGGGCCUGGGAGUGCCUGCACACCUCGGGCUGGCUGUCACACAGGGUUUUCUGUGCCCUGGGGGUUGAAAAUGCCAACGUUCAAUUGUUCUGGGUGUUGGUCAGUGAACAACCCAGUGCUAGCCUGACUGCAGACAUCUCCUGGGUCACUGUGAGCUCUCUGUGUGUUUUGUGUUCUUCAGGGCAAAUGUGGCCAGAAUUCAGCGGUGGCUGAUGUUUCCUGACACACUGUGGUGUUGUCAGGGCUUUUGGGGUUUAAAUGCUGAUUUUCAGUCUGUAGGGAUGGUCAGCAGAGGUGACAGUUCCAGAUUUACCUGGAGUGGUUGCUGUGAUCAAUUCCAGCCUCUGUGAUCAAUUC